AAUUAAUAUUUUAUCCCCGCCGGAAGUAUCAAAAGCGAAAAUUUAGAAAAGUCAUUGUGCCGGUACUUUUAGAUUAUUGUAUUUUUCUGAAUAAAAAAGAUGCCGGCAACAGAUCCCAGUAAAAUUUCUAAAGUGGUUGUACAUCCACUCGUUUUGCUCAGCGUCGUUGAUCAUUUUAAUCGCAUGGGAAAGGUUGGAAAUGUCAAAAGAACAGUUGGUGUUUUGCUUGGAGCAAAUAGACAAGGCAUUCUUGAUGUUUCAAACAGUUAUGCAGUUCCAUUUGAUGAGGAUGCCCAUGACAAGUCAGUGUGGUUCCUGGACCAUGAUUACUUGGAGCAGAUGUAUAGCAUGUUCAAAAAAGUUAAUGCCAAAGAAAGGAUUGUUGGUUGGUAUCACACAGGACCCAAACUCUGCCAGAAUGAUGUCAUUGUCAAUGAUCUGAUGCGCAAAUACUGCCCUAACUCGGUUUUGGUUGUGAUCGAUGCAAAGCCGAAGGACCUUGGUCUGCCUACAGAAGCCUACGUGAUGGUGGAGGAGGUCCAUGAUGAUGGGACCCCUACCACAAAGACUUUUGACCAUGUUCCCAGUGAGAUAGGAGCAGAAGAGGCUGAGGAGGUCGGUGUGGAACAUCUUCUCAGAGACAUAAAAGAUACAACUGUUGGCUCCCUCUCCCAGCGAAUCACUGGCCAGCUAAUGGGGCUUCGUGGGCUCCAAGCCCAGGCAGAGGAGAUCAACUCCUACCUGCAGAAGGUUGCAGCUGGAACUCUGCCCAUCAACCACCAGAUUGUCUACCAGCUACAGGAUGUGUUCAACCUUCUGCCAGACGUGAAUCUGCAACAGUUUGUUAAGGCUGUGUACGUGAAGACUAACGACCAGAUGUUGGUUGUCUACCUCGCGUCGCUCAUCCGAUCCGUAAUCGCUCUCCAUAAUCUCAUAAACAACAAGAUACAGAACCGAGACGCCGAGCGGAAUGAGGGCAAAGAUAUGUCUAAAGAUAAAAAGGAGAAAAAAGAUGAGAAAGAUGCCAAGAAAGACGAUAAAGACACGAGCAAACAGAGUGAUAAGGACAAAGAUAAGAAGGAUACGAAAAAGAAAUAACCUAUGAUAUAAUUAUCUAGACAUUAAGUGUGCUAAGAAUUUUGGACCAGAUUUGAUUAAGAUGUUGGUGAUAUAGUGAAACCACUGUUAACGAUGCAGCAAUGGGCUACAAGCUCUCUGGCUCAUGCUCCAGCACCUCUGUUAUGUUAACAAAGAUAUCAUUUUUACAAAACAAUACAUGGCAAAAAAUGAGGUCUCUUUUCAUAAUUGACUUGUUUGGUUGUUCUAUAAAUAUUAUUAAAUAAGUUGUGCAAUGUACAGUUGUAAGUACAUUCAUGAAGUCUUAUCUGUAAUUCUGUGGAGAGCUGAUUAAAGUGCUGAAGUUAU